AUGUAAAAAUUAAUUGCUCCUCUUUUGACUAUGAAUAAUGGCAAUAAAAUCCCAUAGAUAGGUUAUGGUACUUACUAGUGUAGUGGAAAGGAACUGGUGGAUGGAAUCAAAUAUGCUUUGCAAGUUGGGUAUACUCAUAUAGAUUCAGCAUCUUACUAUCAAAAUGGCAAAGAUAUUAGAGUUCCUAAAAGAGAAGACUUUUUCAUAACUUCUAAGAUUGCCUCAUCUGAACAAGGAUAUGAGAACACUUUAAAAUCGUGCAAAAAAAUCCUCCAGGAUUUGGAUACAAAAUAUCUUGAUUUAUUAUUAAUUCAUUGGCCAGGUGUUGCAGGUAAUCAGCUCAACAGUCCUAACAAUGCUACUGUGAGACUUUAAACCUAUAAAGCUUUAGAGUAAUUGUUUUAGGAAGGAUUAAUUAAAAAUAUUGGUGUUAGCAAUUUUUUAAAACAUCAUCUUGAACAUCUUUUGUUGAACUGUAAAAUAAAACCUGUUAUCAACCAAAUAGAAGUACAUCCCUUAUGCUGGGAUCAAGCUACAAUUGAAUAUUGUCGAUAACAAAGCAUCUUAAUUGAAGCCUAUUCUCCUAUUGCUAGAAAUGACCCAAAACUGAUCCAGAAUUAGAAAAUGAUAGAGCUAUCCAAGAAAUAUCAUAAGACUGUUGCCUAAGUUAGUUUAAGAUGGGCUGUUCAGAAGGGAUUUAUUGUGUUGCCAAAAUCAAAGACUCCUAAGUAUAUAAAAGAGAAUUUUGAGAUCUUCGAUUUUCAAAUUUCGGAGGAGGAUAUUAAGGUUAUUGAUUAACUAAAUGAAAAUUAUCACACUUGCUGGGAUCCUAGCACAGUUAUUUAUUGAGUUAUUAUUUAUUUCUAAAAAGAAUGAUAGAUAUUGUACAAAUGA